UCAUGUAGGGGAGCACAGAGGUACAGUUCUGUCAUCUAGCACUGUAUCCAAUACCUUCUUGUUGCUGUCCAAGUGGCCUCGCGGUUGUAGCAGUAAAACAUUCUGCUCUGGAUCCAAAUUUAAACUCAACAGGAGUGCUUGUGUAAAUCAAACUGGAUUGUCUGAAGUGAAGACUGGAUCUCAUCCUCUCCACUUAACUGUUUACCAGCUCUUCACUUCUGCCUGCUUCAGAGAUGAGUGCCAAAUCAGCCAUCAACAAGGAGGUCUUCACACCCCACGACGAGAAGAUGCUCGCUGCUGUGCAAGUGAAGCGCAGGACCAAGAAGAAGAUUCCCUUCCUGGCCACCGGUGGUCAAGGAGACUACAUGACCUUCAUCUGCCUCUCAGUGACAAACAAGAAACCAUCGCAUGUAUCCAUCACAAAAGUGAAGCAAUUCGAAGGAUCUUCUACCUUCAUAAAAAGAUCACAGUGGACAAUCGACCAGCUACAACAGGUCAAUGGCAUCGACUCUAAUAAAGACUGUCCAGAGUUUGACCUGACGUUCGAGAAUGCUUUUGACCAGUGGGUUGCUGGUUCAGCAGGAGAUAAGUGCAUCUUUGUCCAAGUUCUUCACCACACCUGUCAGCGCUACAGCUCUGCCAGGAAACCAGAGUUCGUCAACUGUCAGUCUAAACUCCUGGGGGAAGACCAAGCUGUAGAUUCAAUCUUUGUCCGUUGCAAAGUCUUUUUGAACAGAAAGAGGAAACAAUUGGUUGAACACCUUGGGCAUCUACUAAGACAAGGUAACAGUAUACUACAUUCAGCUGCAGACAGUGUGACGAGUGCUGUACAGAAGGCCAGCCAGGCUCUGAAUGAGCGUGGGGAGCGAUUAGGUCGGGCUGAGGAGAGGACUGCAGAAAUGAGGAACAGUGCUGAACAGUUUGCUGUGACAGCACACAAGCUUGCCAUGAAGCACAAGUGUUAAUCCACUGCCAAAACCAACUGGGCUAUGGGUGGCCAAUCGCCAGUCGCUGUACAGGAGGAGGAUUCCAGAUUUUAUUCUUUUUAAAAAUGUUAAUAUGAGUACUAUUUGUUAACAAAGUUAACAAUCUAAUGUUUAUGGUUAUUGUAUUCCGGUGCAUCUUGUUAUUAUUGAUGGGGACACAGCUAGCAGAAGGGAGGAGGAGAGGUAAACAUAGCUAGAAUGUUUCACGUUUCUGUUUGCCAAAACAGUUACAAACCACAGCCAUGACUGUCUUUUAUAACUACAGUGACUCUAAACCCUUCCCCUUUUCACUCAGACUCUAAUGUGAGUGUACACAUGCUGACAAUUUAUCAGCUAACACUCCAAGACAAGGGAUAACUUGUUUCUCAUAUUAUUGUUUACUGUUAUUUAUGAGCACUGCAGUGAUUAUGCAGUAUGAUUAAUGAGUGACAGGCCCUCAGUGCACCACAAAUACAUACUUAAAGACAGCUUAGAUGUUCCUGUUUGAAGCUAAGCUUGUACCCACAUAAAUAAUCUGGCAAUAUUUUUGGGGGAGUGGGAUGUCAGACAAAAUGAAUACUUACAUCUGUGCCUCUAACACAGAGAAAACAUCUACUCUACCCCUAAACAUCAAUAAAUCCACAAAUAUUUGUUUUCAGUUAAUUAAAUAACUUUUCUCUUUUGACUGUUUGGACUUUUCACUCUUUAGGUCUGUUAUGUCCAUCAUUUCAUGUGUCAAAUGUAUCAAAACAGUAUUAGUCAAAAGUGUUUUCUUUCUCCUUUGCUAGACUAAAACUACAUGGAAUAGGUUGCUAACAAUUUUGUAAGUGUACUUGAAGAAUUUUGAGAAUAAGCUUGUUUUCAGAAAAUUAAUUUAUGGUAAAGGGGGGCAUUUCAGUAAACCAGCUUCUGCAUUGUAAAAAGCAAAACCUGUAAUUCUUUAGCACUAUUAUCAAUGUCUGUAGAGCUAAAUAGUCCCAUGAACAUGGGAUAUUUUGAAAUUACUCCUGGCUGUAUUUCAACUCAGAUCACUCAAUAGUUAUACCUUGUGCUUUUAGUAUAAUUUAGGUUGGUCAUUAUAAUGAUCUGUAUUCUGGUAGGUAAUGGGCAAAAUAUCUCAAAUAGGAGCAGCACAGUGUAGUACUUUUUGCCAGUGCCCUCUCGCUGACUGUGACUUUGGCUUCCUCACUGGCAAGACCUCAUCCUCACAGUGGAGAUGUCUAAUUUUCUUUUUCUUUUCUUUUUUUGGUAUUCCGAAUUUUAUAAUUUUACAAUGCACUGACAAUUGCAGAGCACUGUUGAGUUCUUAAUGAAACGUUCCAGUUGCCUAAAUCUUAAUGUGCUUUGAUUCCUCUCACUAACACUUUGGAUGUUUAUCGUUUUAAUAAAAAAGUAUAUACAAUAUAUAAAAAUGAAUUUAUAUUAUUGUGUCAUUUUUAUAACCAGCUUUAAUAGUUUCAUCAAAGAAUGGUAUCAGAAGUUGUACAUUUAUUUUGUUGGCUGUUCUUUAUAAUUGUUCUUGUAUUUGUGUGUUUUACUCGUGGGUGUUCCCUACUCAUAAACAAUAAGCUGCGAAAAGCUUACAAGUCUCAAGGUUUGUUAUGUCAUUUUAUCUAUCUGAUGAUCUCAGUCAAUGCCUCAACAAUGCUUAUACACUGAUUCCAGCUCUCUUUAACACUGUAACAUGUAAAAUAAAGUGAAAUCCACAAUCAAAAUAAAGUGGUUCUUUAUUAGUGCCUUUUGCUGUCAACAUGUCAACUCAGUCUGUAAAUCAGUGUUAAUAUUUUCUUGCUUUAUGUAGCAACCCAGGGUAACACUGCCUAAGAGGAUCAGAGGAUGAAGAGAAAGUGUUUUGGUUAUGACUGAAUGAAUUACUUGGUUUUAUAUAAUUGUGUGUCUUUAGAAUACAGAAGUGUGUUAUGCAGAAAUAACAUUAUCAAUAUGUUGAAGUAAGUUAAUUUUUGGUCAAAUAUUGCACAUUUAAAUAUGACUAGGUAACUAGUUAACUGCUUAAAUAGUUUAAUUCUAUCUGCAUGCUCACAUUUGUUUCACCAUGUUUGAAUUCAGUUGUACUUUGUGUGUGUAUUUGGAUUAUUGUACUAUAGAAGAAGAGAAGUCUUGACAGGCAGGGGCAAUGGAGUUUUUAUAUUUCAGUUUUGUCAAC